UAUGUGUGACUUAUUUACAUCCCACUAAAGUCUUCAACGAGAACAGCGUCUAAUUUACAGGAGGUGAUCAGAGUUAUGGGAAGUCAAAGCGGACCCACAUCGACUGAGGAGAAGAAAGGCACUGAUCUUGAAACAUGGAAACGAGCGUCUAUUGCAAAUGUCCCAAUGGAAAUACUAGAACAUGUUUUCACGUUUCUGCCCAGAGAGGAUCGUCUACGGGCCAUGUCUGUGUGCACUAGCUGGCAAUCUCUCCUCUUAAGUAGUCAAAAAGUCUGGCAUAAUCAAGAAUUUAUUUUGAAAUGCACUCUCGAAAAAAAUAAGAAGAAAAAAGCUGAACUGUUAUAUUGUUUUCAAAAUUUCGGGCCUCAUUGUCAAGCGCUCUCAGUUAAGUGCCGACAUCCUGUCCAGCAUAGUUGCAAGAAAAUGGCUAAUCAAUUCAAUCUGUUUCUCAAAGGUUUGAGAAUGCCUGAGCUGACAUCGAUUAAAGUUUAUGAUGUCCAAAUGGAAAGAAGUAGCAAGCUUGUCAUAAAAAACAUAUGCACUACAUUGACGAAGAUGUUCGCCGGGCAACCUCCACUGAAAGUCUUUGAGAUGCCGUCUGCCCACUGGCCAGUAAAUGAGGGUGUCGAGGUUUUGGAGACAGUGUUUCAAAAGUCCAGAAAUACUCUUGAAACAUUAAAUAUCGCUGACUAUUUUUGGUACUUUUUUGACCACGACUGGCUUACAACUGAGGUACUAACCUUGAAUAGGCUCAAAAAACUUUCAAUCAACCUACUCCACUUGACCGACGAGAGUAUUGUCUCCCUUGCGCGGGCCCGGAGGGGGGAGCUGACAUAUCUCUCUCUGUUUAUAAACUAUGUGAGUGAGUUCACUCCUCGCAUACGACAGGAAAGCUGGAUAUAUUUGGUGGAAGCAUGUCCAAAUAUGGAAGUGGAGUUCAAGAUAGCCGGUACUGUUUACAAACCUUCUGAGAACAUUCCAGCCAUAUUGGAUUCCGUUCUGCCUGUAUGCCGCCUAAAGAUAGAGAUAAUAGAGAUACUAAGGUUUCAACUGCAAAGGCCUGGAUAUAAGAUGAACAUCGUGUUCGACCACAUUAGAGAGAACUUCGGCCAAAGAAUCAGAAGUUUUAAACUUAGUAUACCGAACAACAAAGAGUACUUCGACCAGGCUUUGGUCAAGCUAGUAAGAAGUUGUCCACGCCUGCUCCAUGUCAAGGUUUCAGCUUCCUUCCGUUCUGAGAGAACAGCGCAGAAAAUCGACAAGAUAAUUGCAGAGAGACGUCAGCCACCUCCCACUAGCAAGGGUCGACGAAGCAAAAAAGUUUGUACCGAGAGCCACGCUGUAGACAACGCAUCUUUGGCUUGAAGACCGCCAUGGAAGGGCCAUCUGGCUUUAAAGGAUUGUCUGAAAAAUAGACUAAAGUCCUGUUUUCAUGUAUCAUACUUAGAAUAGGUCAUCAGAUGUAACAGCGCAUGUCCAGAAAACAUGCAAACAGUAAUUAAGAUUUUGAUAAAAUUUAUAUUAUUAUAUAAGUAAAAUGUAACUACUUUACCGACAGUUUAAAUAAUAAAGAAUUAACGACUUGA